AGGGAUACAUGGAAGGAAGGAGAAGAAGCAAGGAAGGAUAAACUGAAGGAAGGAUAAAUGGAAGGUAGGAAUGACAAACAUAACAAUAAAUGGUAGAAAGGAAAGAUAAAUGGAAGGAACGAUAAAUGGAAGGAAGGAAGAAUGAAUUGAAGAAAGAAUAAGAUGAAUGGUUGGAAAGAAGGAUAAAUGAAUGUAUGAAAGGAAGGAGAAAGAAAGAAAGAUUGGGAAGGAAUAAAGAAAAAGAAGAAAGGAAAGAAAGUUCUUCUUUUCUAUUUGGAUACAUAGAUGACACUUCUUGCUGUGUCGGGGUCUGCAGACACUCUGACACGAUAUAGCACAUACACAGUGUGUUCUUUCUCGGACCCACCCCCUCCCCUGCCCAGGAUGUUGCCCUUUUAAGAGGCUCAGCCUAGUGGUAGGCGUCCUGUGUGACGUCACCGCCCAGCCCAUUCAUAUAACCGAGCUCCGGCUUGCAGGCUGGAGGAAUUACACACUGCCUGGUGGAUGUGGCGCCCGGCACGCACAGGACAUAACGAGCAGCGCUCUGUACCGCAGGAGAACCGCCUGGAAUGAUCAGGACUCUAGAACCGGAGCCCCCAGGAAACGCGUGUAUCCCCCCGGAGAACUGAAGAUGAGCUGAGCCCACCCUGCGUGCACAGUUAAAGGAAUGACAGCUGCUCAUAGAUCCCAUGUCUGGAGCUCUUUGUGAAUAGCUGAUGUAUACAAGGAACAAGACACAAUGACAACAGCUGGGCUUGCAUCUCAAGACGUUUCAUUGAAAAACAGCUUUAUGCACAGUGCACAGGGUUUAAUGUGCGGCAAAUCAUGUUGGGCAAAUCAUAACGAGUAUGAAAAUACAUUCUAUGGGAUGGAUUCUAUGCCCUAUGUUAUAAAAUCUUCUGCUCAACAGCAAACUUCCUCUAUUGGUCAACAUUCUAGGUCGGCCACCGUGAAUGGACAUUGCUGCUCUGAAAACUGCAUGAAGAAAUCUAACUUUCUUCAUCUUGGAAUGCCUAUCAUAGAACAUUCUACAAACUGUGAAGAUGACCAAGUUGUUCCCUCCUUUAAGAAACUGUCAAUGAAUGGCGUGGUGGAAAGGACCCCUCCUUUAACGCCUGUCAAAAGUGGGCCACCACAAUUUUAUGCAAUUCCUCCUAGUGAUCGGAGCUCUAGGCCUUUACCACCUCUACCAAUUUCGGAAGAUCAUUCUUUAGAUGAGGCAGAUAGUGAAGUUGAAUUUAUUACAAGUUCCGAGACUGACUUGCUCAUACAAGAUGGAAGACCUUUGGCAUUUAAAUAUGGUGUUCCAAGCAGACGAAGCUUCAGGGGAUGUGGGCAGAUCAAUUAUGCCUAUUUUGAGUCGGUAUCUACACCCAAAAAAGCAGAUGAAAUCCCAACAUGUCAAGAGAAUGGAUGUGUACAAAACUUAAAACCUCAGAAACCUGAACAGUGUCACAGGAGACUAAGAAGGUCCCAUUCUGGGCCAGCUGGAUCAUAUAAUAAACCUACUAUUCGGAUACAUGCAAACAGGACUUCUCCUAAUUCAGAUGACGACAAACCUGAAGUUCCACCUAGGAUUCCAAUACCCCCUAGGCCAAUAAAGCCAGAUUACAGAAGGUGGUCAGCAGAAGUUUCCUCAAACACAUAUAGUGAUGAGGACCGACCUCCAAAGGUACCACCAAGGGAACCUUUGUCCAGGAGCAACUCUCGUACACCAAGCCCAAAGAGUCUGCCUUCAUACCUCAAUGGUGUAAUGCCCCCAACUCAGAGUUUUGCACCAGACCCAAAAUAUGUUAGCAGUAAAGCUCUUCAAAGACAAAACAGUGAAGGCUCUACCAAUAAGAUCCCUUGUAUUUUGCCUAUUAUAGAAAACGGAAAGAAGGCCAGUUCAACACAUUAUUAUCUUUUACCAGAAAAGCCCCCAUACCUUUAUCGAUAUGAAAAGUAUUUCACAGAAUCUAAAGACGCUUGCUCUGAAUCAUGGUCUAGUGACAGUAGCCUAUCUUCAGCUUCUACAAAGCCAGAUGCCAAGGCUAAAUUGGACAAUAGCCAUACCAAGCGUAAAAACUUUCAGGAUGUAGUUUCUCUGUAACGUAUGGAAUGAGUAGGUCAUUAGCAUACUGCGGGAUGUUACUUUAUGCCUAUAUGGCUGGUUCAGAGGUAGGACAAACUGAACUAAAGAAACAAAGACUAAGGUUACUUUCUCAGUUCUAAGUGAUCCUUUCCAUUUGCCAUGAAGCAAAAACUGAACACCUAUGGAGUCUAUGAAUGAUCUCCUUAUUAAAAUGUGAGGUAUAAUUUUGUAAUUGUGUCAAUGUGAUGGGUGGGCGAGGCCUUAGUCACUGCUGAACAGUCCUGUACUGUAGACCAUAGUAAAAAAAGUUUGAGCAGUUACAUUUGAGAAGAUGACCUUGUGACUGUCUACUGCUGAUAUUGUAUGAAAAUUGAAUGGUUUUAGGAAGAAUAGUGCAGUAUUUGUGUAUCCUACUUUUUACCUUCCUCAAAAGUUUGCCUCUUAACUUCUGGACUUAAACAUAGGCUGAAGCGCAACAAGCUGCUAGCUGUGUGUUCUGUUAGAUUAGGACACCUUUUUCAUUUUAUUGAUUUCUAGAUAGUAAAAAAAAAAGCACAAACAAAUGUAAUUUCUGAGAUGUUCUGAAUGAGAAAUCUUCCUAUUGACUUGUCAACCAAGCUAAAGGUAGUGGAGGCAACCAAUUUGAGAUGGGGUUGUCCAUACCAACCUCUAGUGGGACCAAAACCGUCAGUAAAACCUAUGACGCCACUAAGGUCCACUGAGUGCCUUGUGUGUCUGUCACUGGUUUUCAUGGGCUAGAUUCUCAAGGCAAGUGAUUGACAAAAUGGCUGCCUCUACUAUGUAGAAUGACUGGAACGAAUAACCUUUGUUCAUAUACUUGGAUUCAUUUUGUCAGAUUGUGCUUUGCCUUCCUCUUAUGUUCCAAAGAGUGAAAUGAAGAAAACCCAGUGUUCUUUGUAGUUCUAGUGAAGUGUUUUAUUCUAGAUUGCCAGUAAGUUCUUUCUGUUUGUUCUUUUUCACUUUUCUAAUAUAUUAAUAGAUCUGAAGCACGAGCUGGCCUUGUGUUAAUGCUAUCUAUUCAGUAUUUUUAAUUUUUUUUUCCUUGUGCGUUGAAUAAAUCUAUAACAAAUAUCCUAAUAGGUAGUACAUGGCACAAUCGCUCUGCAGGAAGUUAUGCACAAACUUACCGGGAGUGAGUGACAUGGCAUCAAACUUUUUGCCAAGGUCAAUAGAGGAGUCAGAGUGCGUGGUAGUAUGUACAGUCUGUGUGUACACAUGUAUGGAUUUUUUAUUUUUUUUUCCUGAUCCGAAGGACUCUUUGUUUCAGACAAGCGGAGAGCUAAAAAUUGUAUGAGCAUAUAAUUGAUAUGUUGUGUAGAGGACAGAAAACAAAUUUACCAUUGAGCAGGCCAAUGGCACUCGUCAACAAUGCUUUACAUCAGGUGUGCCAUACAGGGUGUCCAAUUGAGGUCCAAUGAACAAGUCUGGAAAACGGACUACUGUAUUUUGGUUCUGAUUUAUUACACUGGGCUAUAAUUUCAACAGCGCAGGCCCCUGGUAAUGGCUUGGUGAGCUACAAACUGUGACAACUGAAAUGUGCCCAUUAUAGUUGUCACUUUUCAUCCCGCUCCAUCCCCCAGAUACACAGCAUUGAUUAGGAAUUAAGUUCUCCGAACCUGGGCAGAAAACUCAUCCGAGUUCCAAAAAUAUUCCUUACCAAACAGCAUUGGAGUCCUGAUUUGGGGCAGUGAAAAGGCAAUUGGGUUUUUCAUUUAUCUUCAACGGGCCCCUAAUGCUAUGUAUCAUAAUUCUUAAUUAUUGACAGUCUUCCAAAGCUUAGCUAAAAAGUAUAUUUCAGUUAGAAGAACAUGACAUACAUCUCUUGCCUUUUUUUUUUUUUUUUUUUUUCCAGCACCUGAAAAUUUUAGUUUGGCCAAAAGUAAUGUUAAAGAGGUUCUCCAUGUUACAAGUUUCAGCAGCCCACUCCCUCCCUGGUCAACCUGUGGGGGGGGGGGGGGGGAGGGAAGUAUACUUACCUGCUUCCUGCCACUCAGUUGAAGCUCCUUCAGUUCUCUGCUCUUCGUUUCUUUUCUUUUCAGCUUCCACAGUGGACGGGGGUCACUUGUGCCGCUGCAGCCAAUGACUGCCAAUAGUGAGGACAUGCCUGCCCAAGUUGCAUGUGACCCAGAGUUAUGUCAUUUGGAAGACACAUCACUCCUGUGUCAAGUCGGCUGCAGUGGCAUUCGUGACCUUCAUUAACUCAAAGUUGACAAGCAGGGAAUCGGAGUGUUUCAAACCGAACGCCGGGGAGCAGGUACUUAAUCUUCCGUCUAUUAAUCCACUGAGGAAGGGGGCUGCUAAAAAUUGAUUCAAAUCUGGACAUCCACUUUAAAGUUCAGCUAAACCUUUUACAUGCACAAGAGGCAGCCAUCUUGACUUAUUAUUCAAUUAGCUAUUACCAAGAUUAAGAAAUCUAUUCUAGUCACACAGAACCAGUGAUAUCACUGAGGCACCUCAUUGCUGGUCCUAAGUGAAGUAGGCAGCAUUUCGGAGUAAAUCAACCUGUCCAGACAGCAGAGUGAUCCAUAUACAUGGACCUGAAGGCGAUAUGAUUGAGUACUGGUACUGAAGAAACCUAAAGAACCAGAUAAAAAGUUGCAUGUAGUUAUCUUGUCGUAUAACAUUGUUCAGACAAAAUCUUCUCAUGCCAAGACAAACACAAGGGUAAGCAGAAAGACACAAGCCAAAAUGUUGCUGCCUGUGAAUAAUUGUUAUGGUGAAAUAAAACCUAGAAGUUAGCUGGAAGCUCUGACGCCUCACAUUUCCUCAAUUCUGCAUAUUGGUGGCCAAGUGGAAGACCACAUUGAGUUUAGCACGGAAGAUUACAACUGGUGCAUGGGGCUGAAAUGCUUCACAAUGAAGUAGUGGUGUAUUUUGCUUCUAUUUAACAGAGCUGCAUUAAGAGGUGACCAUCAUGUGGUGACCACUAGUAGGUCCAUAUACUCUAGACAUUCUAAGGCGGCCAGCGAAGUUUAGGUACCCUCAAGCUCUUCAUUUCUGAACUGGCUACCUAUGGUAUAGCCAACGUGUUCCAUUUAAGGGGAACUUAGACCUAGGCCAAGAUACCCAGCAGUAACUGACAUAUACCAGGAGUAUUAAUUCAGAAACCACAGUAGGACAGUGGAUUAUCUUCCCUCAGGCUACCAGAAGAUUUAUGUUUGUGCCUUUUUUUUUUUUUUUUUUUUUUUUUUUAUACGUAAAGAUUCUUAACUCAUCUAUUUUAAAGGCUUGUUUUCCAUAAUUUUUAAAUGUUUAGCAAAAACUGAGAUGUGUUAGCAGUUUUCAAUGUCAAUCUUAUACAGGGAUAGGCAUGCUCCAAGUCUAAAAUGGUGCAACACCCUCUCCCAAGGGCAGAAGGAGUUGUGUCCCUAUGAGCGCUUUUUGAUAGACUUCCCUGUUUUUAGAAUGUUAAUAAAGGAAAGGAGGUGCUGCUGGGGAAAAAAAAAAAGAUACAACACUGUUGGGAAGGUUUAUAAAAGCUAGGGCGAGACUGAACAGUGGUGUUGCUCAUAGCAACCAAUUGGAUGACAACUGAUUUGUCCACAAGGGACAAUGAAAGCAGUAACCUGAUUGGCUGCUGAGGGUAACACCCCCGACUUAGUUUUGCACUAGUGUUUAUAUAUCGGCCCCUGUAUCUGCCUCUUCAUAAUCCAGUGAUACACAUGCUGUUUACAGUUAGAAACUGAUGUAUAAUUAACUAUUUAAGUUACAUUUUUUUUUUUUUAAAUACAGACUAAAUGAAGGUAUAAAUAUUAGCAUAAAAUGCACUGAUAUUCCGGCAUAUGUACAGUAUUUGACAAAGAAUGAUUCUGUUCAUUUUGUUAUUUUUGGAUAAUACUGUGUGUUAUCAUGUCUUUGAAAUUAAUAAAGCUAUAAUAUACUUAUUUAUGA